AUGACUGAAUCCAGUGCAGCCCGAAAGUCUCCCGCAAGAGGAGGAGGUCGUGCAUGGAAGGGAGUUCGCGACACCUUCAAGGGCUUCUUGGAUGAGCUGCCCACGAAAGGCUUUGCAAAUUUGGAAGGUCCCGGGAAAGAGCAGGUGGAAGCAGCCCAAGACCGGCUACUUGAGCAUAUCGUUGCCAGCAUCAACCAGGACACAGCGCAAGGAAAGCGCAUCCGGGAGCGGUGGACACGUGCUCAAACUUCCAAUCUUCAGGUGAAAGAAGCCCUUCGAGCACGCAACUUUCCUAUCCAGCUCCCGCUGGUGCAUGAUACAGGCCGCGGGCGACAGGCCACCCGAUUAGCCUGUGAAGCAUUCUUCCCUGAGCAAUGGUGCCAGCUUCUGCGGGAUGAUGAGAUCCUUGCAGAGCUUGUUGUUGAUAGCGCAACAAAUUCCAUCGUGGAUUCUUUCUUGGACGCGGCCGUUCAGCUGUUGGAAGCUCAUCAAGGCUGGUCGCCGAAAAGUACUGGUGUCGCCAAGUCACCUCAGCAUCAUGUGAGCCUUAGCAGCCCUCUUUUGGCUGGUGGCUGGGCCGCGCUGAGCUCAACAAGCCUUCCAGAAAGCCCCCGAUCCCCAUGCGACCAGCAACCAGAGGUGCCAAUUGUCCAUCGUCAACGGUCUGUGUAUGACAGCGUGAGCAGAAGCAGGAGCUCUGGUGAACUGGAAACUUCAGCCGAAAGACCUUCAGGCUGGUCAACGUUGAAGCAUUUCAGAAGCUCGAAGCCACUGGAUCCGUUCAUGGUGCGGCUGCAUGCUUUUACGGAAUCCCAGCGUCCCGCGCGCCGACUCGUUCGGAAGCCAAGUGACCCCUUCGGGCCGAAGUGGAGCGUUCCCAUGAUGGCUUCCAAUUUUCCGGAGUACUGGAACAGCAUUGCUCCACCACCAAAGCCCACAGUCAGUCUGCCAGGCACUCAACGAGCUUCGCUAAGCGAAGGAUGGGAAGAAGAGGAGGUCAUACCACCAGGGUACAAUUGGCUUCAAAGGAAGACUCGCGACGGGCAUACGGUCUUCCCCUACUCUUUGGUUUCGCACAAAGCUUUUUUUGAGUCGUACAAAGAUCCUGUUCUGAAGGCAAAGGCCAUGGAGGUAGCACCCUUGAGAAUGACUGAUUGGGAGACGAACGUUUCACCUUGA